CUAGAGGGCGCUAAUUUUCGCCAUUCCCACUAUUGAAAAAAAGUCGCAUCCGUUAAAUUUUGAAUGCUUUUGAAAUAACAGUGUGUUUAACCAAACUUUUUUCUACGUGCGCUUCAACUAAAAAACUCAUUGCCUAUUUUUACUUGUAAUUAUUUAUUAUUAUUAUUUUUUUUUACACCGAGUACUAAUUAACACCAACACUGAAAAAAAUGUCAUCGCAAAUUUAUUACUCGGAUAAAUAUUAUGACGACGAGUACGAGUACAGACAUGUUGUGUUACCUAAAGAGCUAGAAAAAAAAGUACCCAAAACUCAUUUAAUGUCUGAAAAUGAAUGGAGAGAACUAGGAGUCCAACAAAGUAAAGGAUGGGUGCAUUAUAUGACACAUGAUCCUGAGCCUCAUAUCUUAUUAUUCAAAAGGAAAAUAACAUCGCCACCACCAGAAAAAUAAUAACCGUUUUUUUUAAGUUCGUAAAAAAGUAAAAAAAAAAAAACACUUCAAACAUUUAUUUGAUUAUUAUCAACCACCAGCUCAAUGAUCAUUGUCGACAUCAAUCAAGAAGAGUUCUUUUCAUAUUAUUUACACUUGAAAAAUUAAUUAAUUACAACAUACUGCUAUUAAUCAUCUUGAUAAUUCAUUUUUCCAACUCGUGGUUUCAAUCAAUUAAAUCAAUAGAUAACUACUCAAAAAUAAUUCAGAUAAAUUAUUAUAUUGAUGUAAGACAAUCGUGGACUCUUUUUAGACGAUCUAUCAUUAACAAAAAUGUCAAUGAAGUAUUCUGUAAAUAUUUAUUAAGUAUUUUUAACUUUUUCGUAGCUUAUCUUAAUCUAGCUGAGUAUGUGGAAUAAGGAUUUAAAAAUAAUUUAAAUUUAAUUGUAAGACAAUAAUUCCGUUAAUAAUUAAUAUUUGAUUUGUAAUUACUAUCACGCGAAGCCUAAUGAGUUUACUAUUUAAAAUACUAAAAAAUGCUCUCUAAAAAAAUUUUUUUUUCUUUUUUUUUUUUUUUAUUCACUUUAGGUAACUUUUAUAAAUUUUUUUUUUAUAAUCAACCUAUCAAAAUAAUUACAAACAUGGCACACAUUGUAUUUUUAAUUAACAAAGUUUUUUAAAAAAUUAUUAUGGGAUAGUUAAUUAAAUCACUCGGUUAUUGAUUUAAAUAUUUAAUAAAUUUUUUAUAUUAAUAAAUUAUUAAUUUUAAAUUAAAUAUCCAGUGUGCCUUAGUCUAUACCGUUAAUAUUUACUUGAGCGCAAACAUAUUGUAUUUUUAUAUUAAUAUUAUCAGUAAGUGCGUCGAGUAUCCGAAGUAUUCGAUUAUUAAAUUUAAAUUAUAAUAAUAAAUUUGUAUUUUAAAAUUUUGUUAAACAUUGUCCAUUAUAAAAUGUAUAAUUAAGUUGCCAUUUUACAAUAAAAUAUGAUUUUUCAAUA